UAUCUGUAAUGUCCCGGCCAAUUCCCUAGAGAGAGAGAGAGAGAGAAACAGAGAACCUGAGCGAGACGGGAAGAGAGAAUGAGCUGCGGGAUGUCUGCUCGUUGCCUGAACACCACGACCGCCGCCGUAAUCUCUCCGAAGCCCAUGGGCGAGUCGGGCAAUCACGGCGGCGGCCGCUUCUCUUCUCCGCCAUUCUCGUUCUUCUCGCGAAGCUCCGUCUCCGUCUCUCCUCCGACGCCGCGUUUCGCGGGGAGCCUCAUUUCGCAGAGGACGAGCGUCCGGCGCGAUAGCAGCACGAGACCCGGCGGCCCUCCUCCAGGUGGAAAUGAGAGUAGAACUGUGUUGGAUGCUUUCUUCUUGGGGAAGGCUCUGGCUGAAGCACUGAACGAGCGUGUUGAGUCUGUGGUCGGGGAGUUCUUGAGCACAGUCGGGAGGUUACAAGCUGAACAACAGAAGCAAGUGCAAGAAUUCCAGGAAGAUGUGUUUGAAAGAGCCAAAAAGGCCAAGGAAAAGGCAGCCCGUGAAGCAAUGGAAGCUCAGGGGCUGAUUCCAACAUCUGCUGCAGCAAAUACAGCAAACGGCAGUGUCGUUUCACCCACCUCGUCCUCAACUCCCAAUUCGGUUUCUCCUUCAGUUGGCUCAAAUGCAGAUUAUGAUGGCAAUGACCCUGUUGUAGGUGUAUCCAAUGAUGGAUGAGGAUUCUGCUUUAUGUAGAAGUAUAUAUUGCACUUUAUGCUUGAUUGUGAUGGGAUGCUGUAUCCUUAUUGCAACAGAUCUUUUUGGCGGUUGAGACAGAGAGAGUCGUGCGUCACUGCCGACACAUUUUCAUUCAUUGAACAUCCGCCUGCUUCGCACGGUUUCAUUCGCGACAUGGUGUGGAUGAUUGCUCUUUAGAUUCAUGAACUGAAAAAUUGUGAAAUGGUUAUGUCUCGUCAUGAGCACCAAGGACAACAACGCUCGAAGUGCACCUGGUCGGUUAUUUCGCAAAUGUGCUGAAUAACAUGAUAAUACUUGUCAUUCACAUGUUGCUCUACUCCCCUUUCAAUGGUCGAAGAAUCUCACUCUCUCUAGUCUCUCAUGCGGAUUCAAAAUGCAUACUUUAGUGCAAUACUUGUAACUUUCCAAGUUGAUUUCAAGCGAUGGUCGAUCGAAUUGAUUGCGGGUGAAAUGUACAUCUUCACCGUAAUGUAA